UUGCACAGCUACAGAGAAGCAACACAUCACCUCGGCUCUUAUUUCUAACGGUUACCCGCGCUCUUUCGUUAACCGCGUCGCUAAGAAGAAGAGCGCCCCGUCCGAACAGCUUGCGCAAUUUAAAUCCGCUAUAGUAAUCCCGUUUGUUGAUGGUAUCGCGCAUCUUCUCCGCCGGCGCUUGGAGAGGCAUGGCAUCCGAGUUAUAUUUAAGUCCGAUAGCAUCCGCAGCCAGCUGGUCCGUCCGAAAGACCGCCCGAUCCCCGACAGACGCGAUGGGGUUGUUUAUAAGAUCCCUUGCUCGACCUGCGACAAAGUCUACAUCGGUGAGACUGGUAGACCUGUGGGGGAACGCAUGAAGGAACAUCGCCGUGAUGUUCGGCUUAGGCGCACCGAUAGCUCUGCUGUUGCAGAACAUGCUUGGGACUCCGAUCAUCUACCUAACUGGGAUGAGGUCAGCUGCAUCGCUAAUGAUAAGCAUUGGUAUACGCGGCGCAUUAAGGAAGCGAUCCAGAUCCGUUUGCAUCCGAGCAAUAUCAACAGGGACAGCGGCAUUGAGAUCCCUGAUGAAUGGUUACCUACCAUCCGACGGCAUACUGCAUCCACAGUUCACAGCGCGCGGCGCCCGCACCAGCGGGUGCCUGACACCAGCGCGGACGCUGAUUGGCCGGCUGCAUCGGCCAAUCACAGCGCGGACCCUGAUUGGCCAGCGGCUCCGGCCAAUCACAGCGCGGCUCACGCCCGAGUGGAGCCAGACAAUAGCUCCCGACGCUAUAUAACCCGUGCGCAGCAGCGUCUUUGCUCAUUGCCUGACGAAGUCUAGCAGCUUGCAGACGAAACGUCGCUUUCCUACUACGUUUGCUACAUCGUGAGACAAC